AUGACAACGGAGCAACCCGUUCAACAACCCGUUCAACGUCCCGUUCAACAACCCGUCGUUUAUCCAAAUACAGGUCCAGCAGCUCCCGUCAAUACAGCGCCUGUCGCUCAACCUGUUGCUCCCGCACACACUGGCGUUGGUUUCAAUCAACAAGCUGGCGCAAAUUCCGGCUCCUCGAAUGUCGUUAACGAACAAGGUGCUUUCCAAAAUGCCGCUGGUUCGUCAAUCGGAUCGAAUCUUGCAGCUGAUGGUUCCUCAGGGCAACUUUCCGCUUCAAAUGCUGACACUCAGGGAUGGCAAACUGCUGAUUCGUCAGGACAAAAAGGCUCUGCGCAAUCACAGUCGACAAAUUUCGACAAAAACAAGGGAACACUUGAAGCAUCUAAUGCUAAUGCGAAUACACAAACUGUCAAAGACAAGAAUGGCGAGCGUACUGAAGCAAAUGCCGGAAGCUCGAAUUACGUUCAAGGUCCGAAUGGACAACAGAUGGGCAGUAGUGCGCAAACAAACACUCAGUCGUUCAAUAAUAAUGGCAUUGUGGGAUCCCAAAGUACGGGAAGUUCGCAAUCGACACAUGUUGGUGCUGAUGGAAGCUUAUCGGGAUCUAAUUCGCAAACGAUGAGUGGUACAUGGACAGGACCUGGAGGAAUUACAGGUUCCUCAUCAUCGAGUCAAUCCAGUAGUCACAACAUCGGCGGUUCAGGAGGCACAGGAACAAAUUCGUUCGCAAGCUCCGGAUCCAGUUCAGGCUCAGGCGGCGCAGGUUCCUCAUCUAAUGCUGGUUCAAGUGCUGGCGGCUUUGGAGGCUUUGGCGGUUCAGGAUCUUCGGCAAAUGCGGGUUCAAGUUCGGGAAGUUUUGGCGGCUUAGGAGGCGCUGGAUCGAUGGCAAAUGCUGGCGCUAAUUCAGGAAGCUUCGGCGGAUUCGGAGGCUCGGGAUCAUCAGCGAAUGCAGGCUCAAGUUCGGGAAGCUUCGGCGGUCUUGGGGGAUCUUUUUCCACAUCUGGAGCAAAUUCCAACAGCUUUAAUGGUUUCGGCGGAUCCACAUCUGCAGCGAAUGCCAAUUCGUUCAGUGCGGGUUUCGGUUUCCCAACUUUUAACAAAUUCCAGGGUUAAGCAAGUCAA